AUGAACGCUUUCCGGUGCCUGAGGGUUGCUUCAACCAGCUCUUGUGCGCUUCUCAGACUACGCACAUCAGGCACAGCAGCAGCAACACAACGCCUAUCCACACCCUCGCAAACCCGCCAAAUAUCUCUCCUCUCACCCCGCCGUCCUCUCGUGCCUGCGACAUACUCGUCACCGUCAACCUUGGCCCCGUCUGGCACCUCGUCCUCUCUCGCCAACCUGGAAACACUAGACCUUGUGGGCAGAAUAUCGGCGCAUCCCGCCCUGGGCAGCACGCAGAUCCGCUGCGGACCCCGCGACACGUACAAUCCUAGUCAUUUGGUGCGCAAGCGCAGGCAUGGGUUUCUGAGCCGUCUGCGGACCAAAAAGGGGCGCAAGAUGAUUAUGAGGCGGUUGAAGAAGGGGAGGUGGAAUAUCAGCCAUUGA